AUGGGCUCCAAAAACCUCAAAGUUCAGGAUAACCACGACAGUGAUUUCGAGUCUGAGGACGAAGUAACUGGUUUUCAAAAUGUUCUCGCAGUAAAACCAAAAACUCAGAGCAAAAGUGUUUCAAGAAGUGAUGGAAAUGAUGAUGAUGAUGAUGAUGAUGAAGAAGAAGAAGAAGUUGGAGGAGAAGAAGAAGAUGAUGAUGAUGACGAUGACGAAGAAGAUAUAGAAAAUGAUGUGGAGAAAUUUAAAGACUUGCAUAACAGACCCGAAUCUAAACACCUGCAAGCAGAUUCAGGAAAAGAGGAGAAUAACAUCCAUGAUUCCGAAGAAAAUACCGAGUUCCACGAUGAGAAUUUAAAUUCUUCACUGGAAAAAAUCCAUCGUGGUAGGGAUAAGAGCAAAAGCAAGAAAUUGAAAAACCUUUCGGCAAAAGAACUAGAAAAAGAACAAAAACGAAUAAAGAGGACCGGUGUAUGCUACAUAUCUCAAAUCCCACCCUACAUGAAACCGCAGAAAUUGCGUUCCAUCUUGACAAGGUUUGGUCCCGUUGAUCGUUUGUUUUUGAAACCCGAGGACCCAUCAGCAUACCACAAGAGAGUGAAAUACGGAGGAAACAAGAAGAAGAAGUUUACAGAAGGUUGGAUUGAGUUUGUGAGUAAAAAAGAUGCAAAGCUUUGUGCAGCAACUCUUAAUGGGAACAAAUUGGGAGGUAAGAAAACAUCAUACUACUACGACGAUGUGAUGAAUAUCAAGUAUUUAAAAGGCUUCAAGUGGCUUGACCUCACCCAACAAAUGGCCCAAGAAAAUGAAGCAAGACAAGCAAGACUAGCAUUGGAGAUUUCGCAACAAAACAAAUUCAACAAGACAUUUGUGAAUAACGUUGAAAAGGCAAAACUCAUUUCAAACAUCCAAAAGAAGCGAGGGACAUCCAGUGAAGGCUCUAGCAAGGGAGAAGGUGUAGAGGAAGAGUUGAGACGAAAUUUUAAACAGAGAAAAGUCACUAGUAUACGCAGUGAUGCAGAUGCUGAGCUUAAAAAAGGCGCCGCUCCCAAUGAGAAAUUGAACCAAGUGCUCUCUAAAGUUUUAUAG